AUGGGUAACAUCUGUGGUAAGACAGAGCCCGAGGCUUUCUCACAGCCCGGCCGUGUCUUGGGUACCGCGCCUCCUCCGACUUCCGGCACAGCACCGGUCCCUAAACAGGUCGGCGGCCCUCCGAGAACCUUGGGAGGUGGAUCAGCCACUGCCGCCUCAGGUUCAGACGAUCCAGAGAAUGCGCGAAGGAAAGCCGCCGAAGCCGCCGAGGCUCGCGCCAAGGCUGCAUCGAAGCCGGGUGGAAAGUUACAGACACAGCUAGCAGCGCAGAAGAAGCAGACUCGCUCAGAGACGUUGAAAGAUGCUAGCCAGGAGCAGCUUCGAGCGCGUGAAGCGGAUCAAGCAACAGAAGCCCGAAAUUGGUCAUGA